AUGUUGCCUGCCCGCGAGAGUGUGAAGACUUUGAUUGUGGGUGGGCGUGGUGGGAUCGGGAGCGCCUUCGCGCGACUCCUGAACCCUGCAACGACUGUGGUGACCGGUCGGGCUCCCUUUGACACGCCGGCAAAGGGGGGCUUUGUAAAAUUGGAUUUGAGCAACCCUGAAGACUUUCCGAAGCUCACACAGGAGCUAAAAGGCAUGGGCUUUCACCCAGACUUGAUCCUCAACUGUACUGGGGUGCUCGCCCUGCCAGGAGGCGAGGAGGGAAAAAUCAUUCGUCCCGAAGCCGGUUUGAAGAAAAUAACGCCGGAAUUACUUUAGGCCUUUUUUUACAAAGACAUGAUCAUUUUCUGUUUGGAUAAUUUGGUUGGGUUGCCGCGUACGUGUAUGCUUCAUUCUGCUCAUAAUGCACUAUGCCGGAAAGUGAAGCAAAGUGUGCUCCGCUUUUACUUUGUCCCAGUUGAUUUCCUAUUCUUGCUACAAAAGCAAAAGGUACAACUACAGGAGAAGAAUAAAGACACAAUGCAAUCUAUCGACAUCAACAUAGACAACUCCACCUCUAAUCUCGACGUAAAACGUUUGAGACGAACACAUUUGCUAACGCCUUGCUGAUGAAAGAAUUAGUUUCAGGCCUUAUUCCGAACGGAAAGCAUCCUUUUUUGUUUGCAUCGUGGUCAGCAAGGGUAGGAUCUCUGGAAGCAAACGAAUUGGGGGGAUGGUACUAGUAGAUGAUGUAGAUGAAGAGCAGUUGUAGUUCUAGAAGUAACACCGUACUAGAUAAUAUUCUUACAUACUAUGUACUAUUGUAGAACCACACGGACAAAAAUGCUCCUCUACUAUAGGUAUUCGUAUCGUGCUUCGAAGGCAGCGCAGAAUAUGUUUGUGAAGACGGCGUCAAUCGAACUGAAGCGCUCGCAUCCAAAUGCCUGUCUGCUGAUGGUGCACCCUGGAACGUGUGCCACGGAAUUGAGCGAGCCCUUUUUAAGGCCAUAGAAAAUAUCUUUUUGGAUUAUUUCACAUUCUCUCUUUAUUUUGGAAGUCAAGGUCAAGAACAGCUCCUGGCCGCAGCUGGUAUGCACAUGCUAAUUUGCAAUAGUGCUCUACUGGUCAUAAUCAUACUCUUUGUUUUUCCUCUAAUCUUUGUGGGUUCUGCCAAGAGGAAGACUUUGCAGUCUGAGGAUCCUCCCGAAGGGACGCCUCUUUCGGGAUAUUUCACUCCGGAGUUUGGUGCUGAGCUGAUGUGGAAAAACGUGUUGUCGUCAGCGACACCCGAGGACACAGGGAAAUUUCUGGAUUACGAAGGUAAAGAGAUACCGUGGUAACUAGUAGUAUUUAACAUCAAGAAGAAAUAUACUAGUAGAGUACUUGAGAAUAGACUUAACUAAGUUUAAGAUUUUGCUAUCAUCGUGAACAAAACAGUAACAAACCCUUGUAGAAAACGGAAUCCUCCACCAUAGAUAUGCAUCCUCCACGAUACAGCCUGUGUUUCAUGUUUUCAACUUCUACUUGUAGUUGUACUUUGCUUUCGUUCAUCUCGUGUAGUUGUCUGGUCUUCGUGAAAAAUCUAGCAGCUGUACUGGUCGCACGUCCAACAUUUGUUGUGAAAUUAUACAUGACCAUCAUCGUCAUCGUGUGCAGGCAUUUCGUGAUUUUUUCUUUAGGACGAUUCAUUGAUUUCUGGUGGCCAAGAUCAAGCAGAGGAAACUCGAUGUGAAAAUAUAGCGAUAGAGAAUUAGAAGAUAUUUCUCAUCGCAUGAUGUUGAUAAUGCGAUCUGCUCUGCUUUCCGGAGCAUCCGGUAACGCCUCCUUGGAGGAGAAGAACCUUCAGCCAAAGCUUCCGAUAUGAAGAUAGGCGAACUAUUUUUGAAACAUCAUGCUCGGAUGAACUGAUCCAUAAUAUAAAGUACGAACGACAAAUGUGUGUAUGGAGGACUGGCUUGUCCGCCCGUCACUGCAGUGUUCUUAAUAAUAC